CGGACGCACAAGAUCCGCCUCGACUUUCAAACGUCGCCAUUCUUCAUGCUUGCAUGGAGAAUAUUAUGAUAAAAGAGGACAUUGAGUCCAUUGAUCGCGAACAUGGCGAUAAUUUGGCUGAGUUCGCCUGUCUCGGCGGUUUUUCGGUGGUCCAGUCCAUCGCUGUUUUGGAGCGCCGCCGAAGGGAUGCGGUGGAUCAACUGAAGAAGCUUCAGAAGGAUUCCGAAUCCUGGCUCUCCGAGAGACAGAAGAUGGAGGAGGAGGCUGGCGAGGCGACUGGUCUGAUCCAGCAGCUGAGGUCUUCCGUAUCUGCCAAGACUCGGGAGAUUUCCGCUUUAGAGGCUCGGGUUCGAACUUUGUCCGAGGAAGUCGAGUCUCUACAGUCUUCUUCAGGUGCUCUCACUAUGGAGAGGGAUGAUCUGAAGAAAGAAGAGGGGCGUCUCCGCCGGCGAUUGGGUGACUCUGGGAGCUUUUAUUCCCAAGUCAUGACUCAGUACCGGUUGGCGAUCGGGGCAAAGCUGCGGGAGCAGAAUCCUGGCGUCGAUCUUUCUGGAGUCAAUCAGUUGGAUCCUGCUUCUUUGGCGAAGGAGGUGAAGGCGAAGCUUGAUAAGCAGAAGCAAGAUGCUCUGAAGAAGGCUUAAUUUUUAUUUUCUUCUUUCUGUAUUUUUGCUUUUUUGUAUUUUUUGCUUUUGCCUUAUUUUUGUAUUGGAUCGUAGGCGGAUCCUUUGUAAUUUUGCUUCUGUUAAUAUAAUGAUCUUUUGACCA